AAAGCAGAGAUUUUUUCUUCCAGAUCUCCAUUUGCAAACCCUAAAAAACCCGAAAUUCCCUCAAAAUCCUUUCAUAUGCCUCUCUUCUAGCCAUCACCCCCAUUCCGAGAUCCCCUCCUUAGCAGCUGAAUCUCGGUCGUCUGAUUCCUCCGUCCACAGCCGAAUCAGCUCGCGAGAUCUGCGGAAGAUGGCGAAUCGGAUGAAGGACGACGAGAAGAACGAGAAGAUCAUCCGCAGUCUGCUGAAACUUCCCGCGAAUCGGAAAUGUAUCAAUUGCAACAGUCUGGGGCCACAAUAUGUAUGCACGAAUUUCUGGACAUUUGUUUGCACAAACUGCAGUGGAAUCCAUCGGGAGUUUACUCACCGUGUGAAGUCAGUAUCCAUGGCUAAGUUUAGUUCACAGGAAGUUACUGCUCUUCAAGGAGGAGGAAAUGAGCGUGCUAGAGAAAUCUAUUUCAAAGAAUGGGAUCAACAACGUCAUUCGGCACCUGAUAGCAGCAAUGUCGAGAGGCUCAGGGACUUUAUUAAGCAUGUCUACGUGGAUAGAAGAUAUACUGGGGAGAGGAGUAUUGACAAGCCUCCAAGGGUGCAGAAUGACAGGGAGGAUUAUAAUGAAAACAGGAGGGCAGAUACAUAUCGGGGUGGUUCUCGGAGCCCACCAUACGACGAUACAUCGGAACGUCGCUACAAUGAACGAUCUGGUCCUGGUGGGAGGAAUGAUGACAGAAAUUUCAGAAACAACUAUGAUGAAAAAAGAAGUCCUGGAUAUGAUCAAGAAAAUCAGAGGUACGGUGAUUACAGGAGAAGUCCUGCCCGUUUUGAGGUGGUGGAUGACUGGCGUCGAGAUGAUAGAUUUGGAAAUGGAGGUCAGAAUAGGAGAUUUGAAGACCGUAGGUUUCCUGAUGGACCACCCAAGCCAGAGGGGAGGUCACCAAACUAUCAAAAGGAUGCAAAUUUGUCCAGUCCCCCAAUUGUACGCCCUGUUAGAGAUAUUUUGGGGGAUGAUACUCCACCUCUUCGGAUAGGUGACCCUCCUAAAACAAAUGGUAGCAGGCCUUCUGAUGCUCAUGCACAGACGCAGAGGACUACAUCUUCCAGUAGCAUGGGAUCCACUGAUGGGAACACGGUGGAAGUGAAGCAUCUAACUUCAGGAAGUUUGAUCGAUUUUACUGCUGAUCCUGAACCUCCUCUUACUAUACCACCAAAUGCUCCGGUUACAGGUCAAUCUUUUCAGCAACCAACAGCUCCAUCUGUUGAUGGUGGCAACUGGGCAUCUUUUGAUUUUGCCCCACAGGAAACGACACCUCAGGCUCCUUCAAGUGCCAGCUCACUGGACUCUGCACUUGCACAAUUGUCGGCUACAGCAACUGCACCUGCAGGCAACAUGCCAACAGUGCCCACAGGAGGUGUUCAAUCCUUGGUCGGAGGGCAGUGGCCAACUGUGCAGCAGCAUCCGCAUUCUUUAUUUACAACUUCUGGUAGUCAGUCUACUGUUCAGCAGUUUGCUCCAGUUGGUGGAGCUCCACACAAUCAGGGGCCUUCCACUGCUCCAUUUGGACAACCAUCUCAAUCUGCAUCAAAACUGCCUCAAGAAGCAAGCUCUGGAGCUCCAUCCCAACCUCUCCCUGUAGAGGCAAAACCUAGUGGAAGAAAAGAACUUCCAGCGGACCUUUUUACUCUAUCUUAUCCGCCAGCACCUGUACCAGUUGCGGGUUGGCAAACUCGUCCACCUCAUGGCAUGGGAUUUGGCAUGCAAUAUCCUACUGCAGUGUCAAUGCAAACCUUUCCACAGCCAAUGCCAACAUUUCCUCAGUCAUCAAAAUCUACAAACCCGUUUGAUCUGACCAGUGAAUCAACUCUACCUCCUGCCCCCACGUUCCCUUCAAUGGCAUCUUUGCAAGGAGCGCUCCCAAACACGGCAGGUCCUUCAGCUUUAUUGCAUACAUCCAACUUUGCUACCCCUUCCCAGCGGUGGGUGUCUCCCCAAACUCCAUCUUAUGCACCAACAAUGCCUCCCCAAACGUCACCUUACGCAUCGGCUGUGCCUCUCCAAAUGCCAUCAUAUCCUUCCUCAGUGCCUCUGCAAACACCAUCUUAUCCAUCGGCAGUGCCUCUCCAAACGCCAUCAUAUCCUUCCUCAGUGCCUCUGCAAACACCAUCUUAUCCAUCGGCAGUGCCUCUCCCAACUCCUUAUGCAUCGGCAAUGCGUCCAAGUGCAUACAUGAUGCAACAAACACAAAAUAACAUGCCAACCUUGGGACCACAAGUAAUUGGAGGAUUUGGCAAUGAUGGAGCUUUGCUUGGCUCCUUGGGUGUGGAUAAACAACCAGCCACCAGAUACCCCCAGCCAACCACACCAAAUUCCUUUUCUUCUCUAGGAGGAAACCCUUUUGGGUAAGGAGACAAGAAAAGAGCAGUUUUUCAGAUUGAUUGAUAUGUUGAAGUUCAUAAUGUUUGCAGUUGCCUGUUACCACCUGAGGUAAAAGUUCGACCAGUUUCUCCCUGGUCGACAAUUGAGCUAAGUGAUCUGCAUGGGUGAGAAGCACUUCCGCUGCCGACUUUGGCAACAGUAAGUCGUAAAAGUUCAAUUGGUCAUGUAAAAUUAAUGUGAAGAGAAAAUAGAAGAAAGUAAAUGAUUGAGAGAAAGUGGGGCAUGGUGGGGCCCGCCAGUGGGACCAAGGCAUUUUUCGUACUCAUCAGUUUGGUGUAAAUCUUAUCAUCUCUGGUCAUUGGCCAUAUUGUGUAUUUUCUGCUUGCUUGCGCCCUGUUAGGGUCCUGUAGUACCUUUGUAUCAGUUUCUUGUAUUUCCAUGAUCUUUGGCUCUAGGUUAUGUAAUUUUUUAAAAUUUUAUUUUUCUGUAAUGGGUAUUUGCUGCUGUGGUGGUCAUGGUUAUCGCGUUGUUUCUGUGAGAGGUGUGCAAAAUGAUGUCAGUUGAGAGUGUGGGACCUUGUUGUAUUAAUUAAAAUUAAUGCAGGUCUUUGUUAUUGUUGGUUUA